AUGGAGAAGAACCCUAAGCCAAAUGUCCCCAACGGCUCUACCGACAAGAAUGGCAAAAACGUUGCACCCCCCAAUACUGAAGAUGUUCCUUCUUCAUCGAACGGUCCUACUGAAAACCAAGCUUUGGGGUCAUUGAACACUCAGAAUGGUGGCUCUACUCAGACCUCCACAGGCAACAACAAAACUGAGGUUGAGGACAGUAACAUUAUUGCGGACGAUCCUUUUGACAGCGCGAGAAGACGCAUUCUAUUUAAUGCCAUUAACCAACUCCAGGUUGGCGGUUCAGAAGCAAACCUAGAUAUCCCACAGCUCAUAGUGGUGGGCGAGCAGUCUGCUGGAAAGUCAUCUUUGUUGAAAAGCUUGACCGACAUUCCAUUUCCUGUUAGAUCCGGCAUCGGUACUCACUUUCCGAUUCGCAUUGUCUCUCAACGUACUGGACCGGGAAGCAGAGAGCACUUCAGCAUUGCCGUUGAAGAGGCGCCCAACGACGUCGAAGGUCUAGAGCGUGCAGAGCCAGAAGCGAAGAAAUAUCUUCUCGAGGGUGACACCUUGACCAUGAGUAUGUUUGAAGCAGCUCUUCAAGACCUUUCUGAUAAUCACAUUAAAAUCAGAAAAGGCAGUGGGCAGCAGAAGAAGAACUUCGUGCCGGAUAUUGUCAGAGUCAAUCUCUGGGGGCCUAACCGAUCGCUCUUCAACAUUCUAGACCUCCCUGGACUCGUCAGCUCAAGCGUGAACAUUAACAAGUCCGAGAUGGCUGGAACCCAUCGAUUGGCUAUACAGUACAUUAAAAACCCGAAGAAUACAGUAAUAUGCACGCUACCUGCAACUGCUGAACUUUCCACCCAAAAGGUCAUUGAAAGGUGCCGAGAAUACGUACCGGACCAAGGGCAACUGAUUGGUGUCUUCACAAAGUGCGACAUGGUGACGAGCCCGAAGGCGCUUCAGACGCUCAUCUCCUCUACGAAGACCAGGGUGGAGAACAGCGAGUCAGCGUUCCAGAAUGGCAUGUUUGUUGUUUGUAAUGGAGACGAUUCUGAAAGCAGCAUGGCGGGCUAUGAUAUCGAGCAAAAAGUCUUCGACAAAGAGCCCUGGACGCAGAUACCUGCUGAACGUAGAGGAACGUCCAAGCUCAAACACCAUCUCGGAGAGAUCCUUACGUCCCAGGUCGAAAAGGUCUUCCCCGAGCUGGAACGGGACAUAGAGUUGCGAUUGAGCAAAAAGAACGCCCAGCUGGCAGAGAUGGGAGAUCCUCGAACGAAUCUAAGCCAAAGCCAGGCUUACCUCAACCAGUUUGUGAGCAAGUACUCCAAGCAAGCCAAAGAUGCUCUCAUACGUCCGGGGCAACUCGAGUCCCGUGACAUGGACCUGCGACAAAAGCUCGGCGACUUGAACACUCAGUUCGCCAAUGUCAUGCGCUGGGUUGGCGCUGUCUGGUCAUUUGACGAUGUGGGCAUUGAUCCGUAUGUCAGUUGCGGGCGCUAUCGACAGCUUCUCGACAACAACGAGAUCAAUGGGAAGGAAAAGAACGAGAAAGCGUACCAAGCCUUGUAUGAAAUGAAUGACUCACCCGACGAGUUCGAGUCUGAGUUGCCCAAGAUACCAGCAUUUGACAAGUACAAGCAUCUAAAGUCAUCUCAGGAUUUUGAGAAGAUAAUCAAAGACUAUCUAGGCAGAUUCGGGGCGUCGCAGCCUCCUGGUGUGGUGAACUCGGAGAUAUAUCCAGUCAUAUAUCGUCUGCAGAUUUCCAAAUGGGGACAUAUUGCCCAGGAGCAUCUCGAGAGAGUCAAAGACGCUCUGAAGCUGAGCUAUGAGAUGAUCCUGGAGUCUACCUGCCCAAAUACCGGAAGUACAUCUGUUUUGUACCGCGAGCUCAAGAGUCGACUCCAUUUGAUGUUCGAAGCAACAUUUGGCAAGGCUCGACAGGAUCUCGAGUCGUACUGCAAACAGGAAUCCGAAAGAGUCUUUUUGCAGACCAACAGUCGUGACUUUCCUGAUAGGCUCGAUUACUGGCGCUCGCUAAGGUACGCCAGGGCCUUUCACGCCGCGUCCAUUCCGAAGAAUGGACAAGCCCAUAAUCUUAUCUCAAGCCAGACACUGGUGGGUAUGUGGAGCAGUAUGGAUCUAUCAAACGAGGCAAGAAUGAUGUACGAGAUCCAUGAUGUCGUCAAGGUCUAUUACGAGAUUUCGCUUGAGUCAUUUACAAGACACGUCUCGCAGACUAUCACUGAAAGCUUCGUGAUGGAUAAAGAUGGUCCCUUGAGUAAACUCACUAGUGACUAUGUUUUCCAACUAUCAGAAGCAGAGGUAGGUAAGAUUACGAGAGAAGAAAAGGCCAUAGGCGAACAGAGGGAUCAGAUAAAUCGCGAAAUCGCGAAGCUCAAGAGUGCUCAGGAAAUCGCUAGAAUUGCGAGGGACCAGGUGGGGAAGAAUUGA